AUGGCAUAUCAACAAGAGUCCGAUAUGAGAAAACUAAUAAGUGAUAGCUUAGAAAUGAUUGAAAUGAAUAAACUAUAUGAACUUGAUGACAAUCCAAAUUCAGAUAACCCGUUAAGUGGUCCCAAAUUCUCUAAAGCCCUUGUUAAAGCUAUAGGUAAUAGAAAUCAUGAUUUUCCCCGAUUAAAUUCCAAAUAUCUUUUUCCAAAUAAUAAGAGAAAAUUUGAACUUUCCUUAUUACGAUCACAAUAUUUGUUUCCAAAUAAAAAACAGAAAUUAUCUGAUAACCAUGAUUCUUCUAACAACAACAAUUCAAGCACAAUAAUUGAACCCGUUGCUAACCCCAGUGUCUUUGAAACUAAUUUCUCAACCACAGCAAUAAAUUCUGGAGCAAGCACAAGUGUUCUAAACUAUAAUUCCUCAGCAGCAUUUGAGCACAGUUCCUUAAACAGAGCGAAAAUUGUUGGUGCUAGCACCAAUGUGUUAAAAACCAAUUCCUUAGAUACAACAAAAAAUUUUCGUACUUGCACCAGUGCUUAUAAAACUGAUUCCUUUGCAAAACUUAGCCUCAGUUCCAUAGACGCAGCAAUAAAUGUUGGUGCUAGCACCAGUGCCUUUGAAACUAAUUUCUCAGACACAGUAAGAAAUGUUGGUGCAAGCACCAGCUUCAUUAAAACUGAAUCCUUACCAAUACUUAGAUGCAGUUCUGCAGACGCAGCAAAAAAUUUUAAUGUAGGCACUAGAGUCCUUAAAGCUAAUUACUUGGACAAAGCGAUAAAUGUUGGAGCUAGUACCAGCGCCUUUAGAACUAAUUUCUCAGAUACAGUACGAAAUGUUGGUGCAAGCACCAGCUUCAUUAAAACUGAGACCUCAGAAAUACUUAGACACUGCGCUACAGAAGCAGCAAAAAAUGUUUAUGCUUGCACCAGAGGCUUUAAAACUAAUUCCUUGAACACAGCAAUAAAUGUUGGUGCUAGCACCAGUACCUUUGGAACUAAUUUCAUAGACACAGUACGAAAUAUUGGUGCAAGCACCAGUGUCAUUAAAACUGAAUACUUACCAAUACUUAGACACUGCUCUACAGACACAGCAAAAUAUGUAGAUGCUAGAGUUAGAGCCUUUAAAACUAAUUCCCUAGACACAGCGAUAAAUGUUGGUGCUAGCACCAGUGCCUUUAAAACUAAUUUCUCAAAUACAGUACGAAAUGUUGGUGUAAGAACCAGCUUCAUUAAAACUGAAUCCUUAUCAAUAAUUAGACGCAGUUCUACAGACACAGCAAAAAAAUUUUAUGCUAGCACCAGAGUCUUUGAAACUAAUUCCUUAGACACAGCGAUAAAUGUUGGAGCUAGUACCAGUGCCUUUAAAACUAAUUUCUUAGACACAGUACGAAAUGCUUGUGCAAGCACCAGCUUCAUUAAGACUGAAUCCUUACCAAUACUUAGACACUGCUCUACUGACACAGCAAAAUAUGUAGAUGCUAGAGCCAGAGUCUUUAAAACUAAUUCCUUAGACACAGCGAUAAAUGUUGGUGCUAGCACUAGUGCCUUUAAAACUAAUUUCUCAGAGGCAGCAAUAAAUAUUGGUGCUGGCACUAGUUCCAAAAGAAAAGUUACUUCUGAUAUUAACUCUGAAUAUACAACUUCCACUGAUUUACUUAAGGUAAAAGCUGAAAAAGAAACUGAAAUGUUAAAAAAGCAAAAAACCUUUCAUUUAAGCUCAUUAGCGAUGGAACUAUUUUAUUUGAAAACUUCGAGUGAAGUUCGUAGUAAUGGCUGUGUUAGAUAUAGCUGUAUAUCUUGUAAUACGGUAUUUUCAAGACUGUGUUAUUUGGACGCUCACAGGUUCAUCGAUUGCGAUGAUGAAGUUCCAGUAAUUCCGCGUCUUUAUAACUAUGACACUGAUCAAUUUACUUUUAACUAUAACAUAGAUUCGUUUCCUUACAACAAUGCAAAUAUUAAAGACGAUGAAAAAAGCAACGAGGAUGAGAGUGGCAGCGAGGAAGAUAGUAGCAGCCAGGAUAGUAGCAGCCAGGAUAGUAGCAGCCAGGAUAGUAGCAGCCAGGAGGAUGGUAACAGCGAGAAAGAUAGUAGCAACGAGGAGGAUAGUUGCAGUGAGGAGGAUAGUAGCAGCGAGGAGGAUAGUAGCAGUGAGGAAGAUAUUAGCAGCGAUGAUGAUAAUGAGAAUAGUGGUAAAAAGCAUCGUAAAAAUCAUGGUAGAAAUUAUGAAUCGCAAGAAGGAUGA